AGCCUUGUAGAGCCUUCCAAAAAAUGAAGUUUACGACCUUCUUCUCUCUGUUUCUACUUUGUGCCUUCACGUGGAAACUUCCAUUAGCCAUGGCUGAUGUGGUGGACACUGAAGGUAAACCUCUUCGAAAUGGUGGCCUAUACGGUCUGAGGCCAGUUAUAAUAAGUGGCAACGGGGGUGGAGUAGAAUAUGCAGCAACGGGAAACGAAACUUGUCCUUUGUCCGUUGUCCAAAAUCCCAAUCCUUUCUCUAUGGGCUUCCCGGUACAAAUUUCAUCCCCAUUAAGAAUCCUUUAUUUAGGCGAAGGCGAUAAUUUGGACUUUGGGUUCAUUGCUGUGCCCCUGUGUGCUCCCACUCCGUCUCUGUGGACUCCUGUGAAGGGUGAGGAAGGAGAACUCUCUGUUAAACUUACUGGAUACGACAACACCGUAAGCGGUUGGUUUAAGAUUCAGAGUGUUCCUUAUGACAUUGGGGGCUACAACAUCUUGUUCUGUCCUGAUGACAUUAGUUCGUGUGGUUAUGUUGGGGUUAUGUUUGAUGCUGCUAGAAACAGGCAUUUGGUGGUCACCCAGAUUGCUAGCACAGCCUUAUGGGUUCGGUUUGAGAGACUUUCGCCUGCAUCAUCUGCAACUGAUCUCCAUGAACCAUCACUGCUCCUAAAAAGUCAUGCCUAGUUUCUUUCUAUUCGGUGACCAACAUAAUCUAUGCGCUAACUAAAUGCUUAUUUCGUUGUAAUAAAUCAUCGCAUGGCUCACUAUAAUAAGAUUCGACUAUCUUAAAAA